CGAGCUUGCGGAGCUGCGGCGACUGGCUCAGCUGGUGGGGUUCGGGCUGUUCAGCGACCCGCAGCAGGCGCUGUACCUGGAGCAGGUCUCCUGCCUCAUCUCCGAGAUCAGUCGCGGCGGCCUCACGGGGCUGCACGACCUGGUGGCCUCGCUGCUGGACGCGCUGCCCGCGCUGCUGUCCACCAAGCUGGCGCUGCCGCUGCAGCCGCUGCUGGCGGCGGUGCUGGGGCCGGCCAGUCCGGCGGUGGUGUUUGCGAGGCGGCUGGGGGGCGGGUGCAGCGUCACGCCAGGGGGCAUUCCGACGGGUCAAAGCGGCUUCGGCGGCGCCUCCCGCGGCGGCGGCGGCCUCAUGUCCCCCGUCGUGGCCCUGGCGGCGGCGGCCGCAUCCACUGGCGGCGGCGGCGGCCGGCCCUCCCUGGGCGCCAUCCUGGCCGGGUACGAGUCCCGGUCGGGCAGUCGCAAGCAGCUCGCACGCGACGUCAGCGCUACCAGCCUCGCGCUGGGGCUGCCCGGGGGACUGCGCUCGUGCGAGUCGCUCGACGGCAUGGCGCCAGGCAGCGGCAGCGUGGGCGGCAUCGGUGGCGGCGACGGCGGCGGCGGCAUCGGCGGCAUCAGUCGCGUCAAGGCGGUUCGUACGGCACUCGCGCACACGCUGCUGCAGCGCGUGAUGCGCACCAGCAACCACCUCAGCAACUUCACCUCCUCCCAGGAGGACGGCUGCGAUGCGGCCGCUGGUACCUCCCCCCUGGCUGCCCUCAUCGUCCCCGACGCCUCCAGCCAGGUGCUGGAGGAGGAGCAGCCGGGCCGCGACGUGCUGCUGGCCGCCAACCUGACGGGCGCCGGGGUGGGGUGCCUGGUGCUGGUUGCGGAGGGGCAGCAGGCGCAGUACGGCGGGUGGAGC